ACCAAAAACAGGACUUUCUCCAAACUUGAGCUGAAACCCUCCAACAGAAGGCAAAUCAGAAAGAUUUCCAGGUGAACCGGAUUAAAACAGGAACCAAGACCAGAAGUGAAGAGAAGAAGAAAAUGUUGAAGAGGAUUAGCAGAGGGCUGUGGAACUAUCGCAGGAUCAUCAUCCUCAUCCUCACCCCACUGCUGCUGCUUCCUCUUCCGCUGGUCGUCAAGACUAAGGAAGCAGAAUGUGCCUUUGUGUUGCUGCUCAUGGCCGUGUUCUGGAUGACAGAGGUGAUCCCUUUGUCUAUGACGGCCAUGCUUCCCGCCAUCCUCUUCCCCGCAUUCGGCAUCAUGAAGUCGUCUCAUGUGGCAAGGGAGUACUUCAAAGACUUUCACUUCCUGUUAGUGGGGGUCAUCUGCCUAGCGACGUCCGUUGAGAAGUGUGGUCUUCAUCGCAGGAUGGCCCUGAAGCUUGUCUCUAUGGUGGGGGUGAACCCUGCCUGGCUGAUGUUGGGCUUCAUGUCUGGCUGUGCCCUCAUCUCCAUGUGGAUUCAAAACGUUUCUGCGGCUGCCAUGGUGAUGCCCAUCGUAGAGGCUGUCCUCCAGCAGAUCCUGAAGGCAGAGGAGUUGGGAUGUGCUGGCAAUGUGAACCCUAAUCUGCAGAUGGACGAAACUGAGAUCGGCUCCCAACCAGUAAAGGAAACGGUGAGUGAUGAGAAGAAACCAGAUGGUCCUACAGAAGACUUCACCAGUGUUGAGAUGCAGCAGUUACCAUCUGAUCAAGCUCAGGUUGCAGUGUGUGUCUCUGCUAAUGUCAGGAAGAGUGAACGGGACCGAAUGAUGUACAAGGCGAUGAGCAUGGGCGUCGCCUACGCAGCCAACAUCGGUGGAAUCAGCACGCUGCCAGGAACUUCUCCUAACCUCAUCUUCUCUGAGUAUCUGAACCAGGUUUACCCAGAAUGCAACUGUAUCAACUUUGGGAAUUGGCUCCUGAUGUGCUUUCCUAUCAGUGUAAUAAUGAUCUUUCUUACAUGGAUAUGGCUGUACUGGUUGUUCCUGGGCUCAGACUUUAGCUUCCUGUGGCAGUGCAAAGGGGGGCAAUCAGAAAGAGAGAAGGCUGCACGAGGUGUCAUAGAAGAGGAGUACAGGUCACUGGGACCCGUUAGCCCUCAGGAGAUUUUCACUGGCAUCAUUUUCGUGGUGAUGGUGCUGUUGUGGUUAACCAGAUCUCCAGGCUUCAUGCCAGGCUGGGCUUCUCUCUUCCCUGAUCACACCGGCUACAUCACAGAGGCUACUGUGGCCCUGGUGCUGGGUCUCUUAUUUUUCAUCGUUCCCACCCAUGGACCCGACAAGAAAUAUGAGGCCAUGAUCACCUGGGAGGAAUUUCGCUCCUCGAUGCCAUGGAUGGUUGUCCUGCUGGUUGGUGGAGGAUUUGCACUCGCUGAAGGAACAAAGGUGUCUGGCUUGUCCGUGUGGGUGGCUCAGCUGAUGACGCCUCUGGGGGAUCUGCCGGUCUUGGCCACCAUCACAGUGGCCUGCAUCAUAGUAACCACGCUAACAGAGGUGGCCAGCAAUGCUGCGACCACCACCAUUUUCCUCCCCAUUCUCUCUCCCCUGGCUGAGGCUAUCCAUGUGAACCCGUUAUAUGUGCUCAUCCCUACCACACUCUGCAUAUCCUUUUCCUUCCUGCUGCCAGUGUCGAAUCCACCCAAUGCUCUUGUUUUCUCCUAUGGACACAUCACCAUAAUGGACAUGGUAAAGGCGGGUAUUGGUGUCAAUGUGAUUGGAGUUCUAACGGUCAUGAUGGGCAUAGCGACAUGGGGGAUUCCCCUCUUUUCUCUUGACACAUACCCGGACUGGGCACCAGUUCAUCCAGCCUUCAACACCACGAUACCUUAAUUAAAG